UCUUUGUAGUAUUAGUAGUAGAUGUUCUUUUUGUUACUGUUGUUCAUUUACUCCAUACACAUUUGAAUUCUUAAAAAGCUGCGAUUACUGUGUGACGUGCUUUGUUUUAUAGUUUUAGUUGUAAGACGACGAUCAGCAAAUUUCAUUUACAUGCAGAUUUAACCUUAAACCUUGGUCAAACAGGGAGGAAAUAUUCGGUUGAACCAGGUUCAGCACCUGUCAUCAAGAUCCUGUUGGAUAGUGACGUCACGACAACGCAGGGACCAGUGGCGACGUGGAAAUAUGGUGGAUGAGUAGUAGAUACUUCUACAGCACUUCUUUCAGGAACUGAAUAAACUGUAACAACAUAUUCUGCACGGGAGCAGUUCACACCAGUGCAGGAACGGCAUCACCUGAUUACUGAGACUGCCACAUCUAACGCAAACAGCAGUUUGUCAGGGUUUGAUGUGAGUGAUGAGGUCUUGAGGAGGUUUACACAUCAUUGUCCAGAGAUGGGAGCCAGCACUAGCCAAGUGAGUGACCUGGCAGAGAACCAGAGUCUGCAGAAACUGAUCGGCACAGAGUCGAUCUCUGAGAAUGACCCUUUCUGGAACCAGCUCAUCUCCUUCAACAUCACGAGCCCAACCUGCAGCUCUGAUGCAAAACAGUUGGAAGAAGCCAUCAUCCCACUGGCUAAAACCCUCAUCGAGAACAAUCCCAGGUCUGGAAAUUUCGGAGCUCUAGUGAGAAUCUUCCUUGCGCGAACCAAAGAGUUGAAGAUCUCCACAGAAUGCCAAGAUCAGCUGUUCAUCUGGCAGGCCCACAAUGCCCUGCUCCUCAUCCGCUGCUUGCUGAAGGUCUUUAUCAGAGAGAUGAGUGAGGAGGAACUGCACUUACAAUUUUCUUACCAGGAGAGGGCGCCAGGCUCCUGUGAGAGUGGCGGUGAGGACCUGCUGAAGGAGCUGGUGUGUAAUCUUGUCCAUCUCAUCGUGGAGGUGCCUCUGUUUCCCAGUACCCACAACUUUGGCAGAGAAAACAGCACAUUAAAAGGUCACAAGACAAGGUUAACAAGGUAUAAAAAGAUCUCAAUGAAGGACAACAUUCUUUGCUAGUUUUCUGAUUCUUGUAAUGAUCACUAUAACAUGCUUUCAAAGCUAUUAAAAGUAGAGUUCAAAGUUCUCACAGCACUGACUUGCAACUUUUUCCAUGGCUGCAGUUCAUGACAGGCCAAAAGCUCCUAUCCCCAACCCUGUUUACCAUUGCUCUUUUCAAAACACUUCUGAAUGAAUAACAUGAAUAACUGUAUGAUUGAACAGUAUGAGUAUGAAUAACACAAUGUUAUUGACUGAAUAUGUGAGACAAAAUUUCAAUCAAUUCGAUCAAUGCCCCCAGAAUAAAUAACAUAUUGUUUCUAUUUUUAGCACUCAUGCACAAUGCAGCAAUGCCUGAGUGAAUGACAACCUGGAACAAUAGUCAUUUUGCAUCAUAAACAGUGUCCAUUUUUUCCUAGCACUCACCUUAUUUUCUGUGGAAAAUUCUUUACAUUUGUAAAAAUCUUAACCCUAAAUAAAUAAAUAACCAGCCAAAGUGAAUUUAACACGGGGAAGCGGAUACUUCUAAGGCAACUGAACAGCUUUAACACCUAAUUUUCUCUUCAUUUCCCUCUAAUAUCCCACAGGGCUGUUCUCAUAUACAUGUGUAGGUGCUCAUUGGUGAGCCUGGAACAGUGUUUGGUUUUUUAUAAUGUUAAUUGUGGAGAAAGACGCCUAACGGCUGUAUGAGGAGCCGAACAUGGUCAAAAUGUCAACUCCUCUGAGGAAUUCCCUGAGCAUGCAAUGCUGAUGGGAAGAGGAUGCCUGAGAAAGUGAAUCAUUCUCAUCGUUAUGUUCAUCACCUCGGCAUACUUGUCUGACAGGGUGGGAGCACAGGGCCAAUUGAGAAUUAUGCAGUGGUAAGAGUGAUAAGGGAGCAGCUCCAUCUGGGGUUAUAGAAAUCACUUUUUCAUCUCUAUUCCCCACUUCAUUUAACAUCUGCUUCAUGGCCAUGUAGAUGUACUCUUGUACUGGUCUGAAGGGGUGUAACACCUAACAUGUCUUCACAAAACUUUCUUCUCCUAGUUGAAGAACCUUACAUAAACUAACAGCUCAGCAUGGUCAGAUACAUCAGUGGACUGGGCUAGCACAUCCUGGGUUUCAGUUUUCUUUGUAGUUGAUGAUGCUGACAUAAGUAUUUGUUUAUUCCUUUUUACAAAACUCUUCUUUUUGUUUUCCUUCAAGUGAGGUUUCAGCGUACUCAUGCUUGACACUCCCUCCGUCAGUACAUGUUAGGUAGUACAAGAGCGAUAGGAGGAGAGGAGGAGAAGAGAGAAUCAAAAGCAAGCAGAUGCACGCAUCAGGAUAAAACACAUUACCAUACAUACGGCAUAUGUCAUGAUGCAUACAAUAUUGAUAGUGGAUAUAAACGGAGAGAGCCAGCGUUUAGAGUAUUGGUUGGAGAACAGUUCAGUGGGUAUGCAGUGUGCUCAGAAGGUUACUCUCAUAAGGAUGAGCAGAUAUAGAAGAAUGGAUCAGAAGGAUGUUUGUUUAUGUUAGGAGUAAAUAGGCUGGCACACAAUAUGUAUAGAGCAGAGUAGAAAUUGUGCUUACAGCACUCAAUGUAUAUUUACAGAACAGAGUAUUGCCCAUAUGUAGGUAGUUACAGCACUAAAUGUAUAUUUACAGAACAGAGUAUUGCCCAUAUGUAGGUAGUUACAGCACUAAAUGUAUAUUUACAGAACAGAGUAUUGCCCAUAUGUAGGUAGUUACAGCACUAAAUGUAUAUUUACAGAACAGAGUAUUGCCCAUAUGUAGGUAGUUACAGCACUCAAUGUAUAUUUACAGAACAGAGUAUUGCCCAUAUGUAGGUAGUUACAGCACUAAAUGUAUAUUUACAGAACAGAGUAUUGCCCAUAUGUAGGUAGUUACAGCACUAAAUGUAUAUUUACAGAACAGAGUAUUGCCCAUAUGUAGGUCGUUACAGCACUAAAUGUAUAUUUACA